AUAAUGCGCUGGUUUCGCAAGCAAGGGGAUCAGCCUAGGCUCCUGAGUCUUUCGCCUCUACGCGCGGAGAACGCCCGCUCCGAGACGACUCUUCUAGAGACACCAAAAUCCUCCAAACAUCGCUCCAGGAUCGAUAUGAGUCCGAGCGUGCGUCAGAAACGCGGAACGAAUUUCUAUAAUGUCGAGGAAAGUCUAAUCAUUACGGAUAAAUCGGAUCGCAGAAGGCACAAAUCGCAGCCCAGGACUGUACCUUGCUCAAAUGGACACCUCCGCGAAAAGCGGAACCCGUUGCUGGAUCGCGUCAGACACACGAGGCUAUCCUGUUUCAGAUCUCCGUCGACGAUUUCCCGGAUCGACGUUCCAUCUACAUCAACGAAUUCUAGUCCUGCUGUCGCCUCGAAUCCCUGUGAAACCGUUCCCCGGAUGUCCUGUCUCACAUCAAAAUUGCGCGCUAUAUCCGAAAGGUACCUGCAAUCUUCAACGAACAGAUUUCUCGCAAAGUUGUACAAAUCACACGAGCCGAAUCCAAUUGCGGAAUCAACACCUAACAAAACCACGUGCAAAAUCGCAAGAGCGAAGCUAAGGAGUUUCUCGUAUGGAGCGUUGCCUGGUCUCGAGGAGUUCCAGAAGAAACAUAACCCAAUGUUCCAAGAUACACAUCUAUUGGACGAUGAAGAUGAUCAUGCUCUUUUAAUGGAGGAAGAUUCUGAUAGUGGAAUUUUACUAACCGAUACGUGUUCCUCGGUGCUCGAAACCGACAGCUUCACUUCCUCACUGCCCGAAUAUCCUGAAUCGAAAAAACGCAAUCCUCAGAGAGCUUUCUCUUUGGAUCGACAGGAAGCAGCUAAAAAACAAGCGUUCCUGGAUUCACCACACGUCUUCCCAAAGAAAACUGAUGUCUUCACAGUGACACUUAACAAACACAAUUUGACAGAGGAACUUGGUAUAUUUAUAUCUCGAAAGUGUUUGAGUGAAGGCUAUGUUAUUGCAUACAUAGUCCCAGGAACUCUAGCCCAAAGAUACAAUUUAUCAAUUGGAGAUGAAAUAGUAAUUGUAAACGGAAGAGCUUUGCAAGGCUUAACAUCCGAGGAGGCAAGAAAAUCUUUAAGUACGCGAACGCUUCAAGUUGAUCUCGUGGUCUCUCGUGUUUCAACCAUUGAGUUGAAAUCCAUGCAAGAGAGCAGUGUUGAUCACGAGCUGUCAAAACCAAACAACAGUAGUCCUACGCAACGGCAGCAUUGCUUCAUCAAGAACAGCACCAGUCAUAGCAGCAAUAACAAGAUCCUCAGACGCGUAGUUGGAUCUCCAAAGAUCAUCGAAUCUCCAUUCCUCCAGUCGGAGCUAGACAAUAAAUUGCAAAUUUACAACCCGCAGAGCGAUAAACUGGAAGAUCUGACGAACUUCUGCACCUUGCCCCGCAGACCCAGGUCGACUGUGUCUACAUUUCACACGGUCAUUUUGCAAAAGGGACCUGGCAAGAAAUCGCUCGGCUUCACCAUUGUCGGAGGACGGGAUUCACCUAAAGGCGCUUUGGGUAUUUUCGUGAAAACGAUUUCGCCCAACGGCCAAGCAGCCGAAGACGGAAGAUUGCGUGCUGGUGAUGAGAUAUUAGCUGUAAAUGGUCAGAUAUGUCACGACAUCUCUCAUGCGGAAGCAGUGGCGCUCUUCAAGUCGAUAAAAAGCGGACCCAUAGCUCUUCACUUAUCCAGAAGGAUCAAAUCGAAAUCGUUGUCGACCAAAGCGAAAUCUUGCGCCGACCUCGUCCAAACCAUUUUACCAGAUCAUUGAACAUCCGUAAUAGUAGCAAUCAUUUCUCUGUGGCCAAAUAUUUAUUCAU